CAUAUUGAAUCAAUGACAGUGACAUUGCAGUGUGCAGUCAAUUUUUAGGCUGAUGUUUUGUGUUUUACUUUGGUUGUGGUUCAUUGUUGACUAGUUCACCUUCAAAAACGACUGGUCGUUUUUAAAUUAAAAAAAUCAAUUGAAAAUACAAUAAUUAAACGAACGCUUUAAGUUUGAAAAUAUAACUACAUCAAACUAUUCAGACUAAACUAAUCGCUUUGAUUAACCGCUUUGAAACUAAUUAAAAAGUGAGUCAUUAAUUAAACAACCGCGUUUUGUAGUCAGAUUCAAGGCUGUUGCAAUAAAAAAUUCGUUUCAGUGUUAGAUAAUGUCUGACUUAGUUUAAAUAAUGGAGGAAAAUGAUCGAAGAAAUCAGAACAAGAACACUUUAUUGAAAAUUGUGAUACUCGGCGACGGUGGAGUCGGUAAAUCAUGUUUGAUGAGCAGAUUCAUUUCGAACCAUUUCGAUGAUCAUAGUUUCCACACUAUAGGUGUUGAAUUCAUGAAUAAAACCAUAGAAGUAAACGGAAAACAGUAUACACUCCAGGUAUGGGACACGGCCGGCCAAGAAAGGUUCAAAUCGCUCCGGACUCCAUUCUACAGAGGAUCAGAUGUAUGCAUACUGGCCUACGCUAUAGAUGACAGAAGUUCAUUCAAUAACAUCAAGAUGUGGUUAAACGAAUUCCUGCAUUACGCCGGCGUCAAGAACGGCAUUGAAAGAUAUCCUUUCAUGGUCGUUGGUAAUAAGUCGGACGUGCCGAGCAAGGACAGAGAGGUGACUCACGAUCAGCUGAAACAGUGGUGUGACGAUAACAAAAUAUCGACGUAUAUAGAGACUUCAGCUAAAAACGAUAAUAAUGUCGUCGAAGCAUUCUCAAUGGCGGUCCAGAGGUGGGUAGAUCUGGACCAAAGAGCCGAGAAAGAGCUGGGAAUGUUCCAGCAUCCUGAUGCGGUGACGCUGCACGGCAACGGAACCGCGUCCGGUUUCCGGGCGACGUGUUGUUCCCGGAUCACUGACGUAUGAUCGUGUUGACAGCUGUCACCUGUCAGAAGUGACGUUCGGGCACAUAGGCUUAGAUGACGUCAGUAAGCGAUUUGACAUUGACAUUGAAACUUACAACAGAGUAGAGUAUUUUUAGAAUGCCUUUAGUUAGUAAAACACAGUUUUCUUGUAUAACGUUAUUGCGCUUACUGUGGAAAAAGAAAAAAAAGCACAAAAGCUCCGGUGUUUUACCGUAAAGCUUGAAAUGUCGUGACAUCUCAUACUUCAUUCACCGAUUUGUAUUAGUCGAAAGAAAUGCGAUCUAUCAUUCCUAAAUUUACCAUAGAAACCAAUGAUUUCCAACUUUAAUGGCUAAAGUAGUAAAUUAAUUUAAAAAAUACAUUAAUAAUUGUUGUUAUAAUACAAUAUGUAAAAAUGAUUCAGACAUUAUCGUUUUGGAGUUUUAUAAAACCGGAAUUCCCCUCCGGUAUUUCCCCGGCCCAGUGAGACAGAAUACAGAGUGAUUCUGUUAUGUCCUGCCUUCGUGGCCGAUAAAGAACCUCAAAAUGAACGAAUCGAUGGCAAACUAAUUUUUAAACAUUCCAUGAAACGUAAACUUGUCAGACUGCAUAAUAAUAACAAAAAACAAAAAUAUAUGCACUAGUAUUGUUUUGUUUUGCAAAUAAACAAAAUCGAAUGAACAAAUUAUUAUCGAGUAUUUCAGCAUUUUAAAGACGCCGCGUUCUAAAUAAAUUUUAAUUUCGUAAUAACAUUGUUAAAUAGAUAAAAAAAACAAAAACGAAUCUCACACGUUCAACAAUGAUACUUCGUAUUUAUAUUAUGCAUUUAUUUGCUCGGAGUUUUAAAAUUGUACUGUGUUUAUUUUUGUUGAAUAAAAAUUGUUCCAAUUAAUAAUAUUACGAACAAAUUUAAGAUUGGAAAUUAAAAAAAAAAACGAAAUCAAAGAAUGAUUGGUUGUGAAAGUGUUUUUUGUUAGUGAUUUGUUUUUAAAUAGUAUAUUCUUCGAUUUACGUGUCUCUUAUAUAAUAUGAUUUUCUUUUUAUAUACAUAUAUUUUUUUAAAAGCUAUAUUAUUUAAUAUAUUGUAAUGGACGAGUGAUUUUUUUUCUUCAAACAAUUUGACAGCUAUGUUUUUUCUGUCUCCCAACGUGUUACCAUUUCAAUCGCGAUAUUAAAAAUAUCGUGUUGAGUUAUUUUCGAAGAUAAGAUUAUAAUUAAGUGACGUAUGAAUGUGGAGUUCUUAAUUUUUCAAUAUUAAAAUCGAUUGUAUGGUUUAAUCCGUAAACGGUAUCUAGUACCAUAAAUCCUUUUUUUUAAAGUCCAUUUUAAUGUCGUCGUGGCCUAAGCGAUAAGACGUCCGGUACAUUCGUGUUGAGCGAUGCACCGGUGUUCGAAUCUCAGGCGGGUACCAAUUUUUCUAAUGAAAUACGUACUCAACAAAUGUUCACGAUUGACUUCCACGGUGAAGGAAGAAUAACAUCGUGUAAUAAAAAUCAAAGCCGCAAAAUUAUAAUUUGCGUAAUUACUGAUGGUAGGACCUCUUGUGAGUCCGCGCGGAUAGGUACCACCACCCCGCCUAUUUCUGCCGUGAAGCAGUAAUGCGUUUCGGUUUGAAGGGUGGCCGAAGAAAGCCGUUGUAACUGUACUUGAGACCUUAAACUUAUAUCUCAAUGUGGGGGGCGCAUUUACGUCGUAGAUGUCUAUGGACUCCAGUAACCACUUAACACCAAGUGGGCUGUGAGCUUGUUUACCCAUCUAAGCAAUAAAAAAAAACUCAUAUAAAGGAAUUAAACAGAUUCCUGUGAAAAUGUCACUAACCCAGUAAAUUCCUGAUUGAUAGUGCUUAAUCAGUAACACAUCAGUAUGAUUGCUUUUUUUAUUUAUUUGCUUUACUGGAUGAACGAUCUCACCGCCCACUUGGUAUUAAAUGGUUACUAGAGCCAAUAGACAACAAUAAAGUAAAUGCGAAAAAAUGAGAAAUGAUUUCUAAGUCUCAGUAUUACAGUACAACGGCUGUCCCGCCCUUCGAACCGAAACGCAUUACGACUCCACAGAAAUAGGCAGCGUGAUGGUACCUACUCGUGCGAGCUCACAAGACACCCUAUUCGUCGAUUACGACGAAGAGUUUGACCAGCGAACUAACCCAUAGACACAGCCCACUGAGUUUCUCGCCGGAUCUUCUCAGUGGGUCGCGAUUCCGAUCCGGUGGUAGACUCUGCAAAGCACUGCUCUUGCUAGGGCUAGUGUUAGAAAAUUAUCUCAGGUUGAGUCCAUGAGUUCACCUACCGAUCCGCGUGAAGUUGAAUUCAAAUCAGCCUGUUUUUUUUCGGGCUGGGUGCCGAACCUCCUACGAGGUUCCCGCGCCUAGGGGGCGGGCGGGGUAUGUGGGACUUGACGAUCUGCAAGUGUUGGGAGCAGACCGCGGGCCCGAGGAAUUUUAGGAUCCUACCGCACUUAGAGAUUUCCCUGCACUCUUACACCCGACGGCCGCCCGGGCGAUGCUGGCGAUGCUGGUGUUACGGGAUACCCCGCCGGGUAAGAACCAGCCUUCACCCGCGACUUCACGUGAACAAAUGUAAAUCGUCAUAGCGCGAUUCAGGAAACUAAUCACGCCAUCUAUCGUGUAAUACUGUAAACGCGCAUAGUUUCUUAACAAUCUAAUAUCGGUAUACCAAGUGGAUAUAAUAUAUAUCGUGUUAUUUAUAUGUAAAUACAAAGUGUCUUAAAAAGGUAAACUAAAAAAAGAAAAAAAUAUCAAGUCGUUUUUGUGUGACGCGCGCACUAUGUCGGACCUAUAUGGCCCCUGAACAUAAGUUAAACUAAAUUGUAAAUCUUGCAAAAAAUAUUUCUCGCAAUGGAAAAACAAUAAAAAAAUUUAGAGAAAAAACCAAAGAGAUUAUAUUUUAUUUAUUGCGUUUUUGUUUUGGAAACAGUACAGAGGUUGCGUGAUAUAUAGUCGUGUAAUGCGACCAUAAUUUGUAUUAUUACAUUAGGUAAUAUAUAAAUAUUAUAUUAGCAUAACUCUUAAAUUAAUAGUAUUGAACCGUCCUUUGAUUGUGUAUAAUAGUUAGCGGUAUUAUUCGUUGAGUCCACUAAAAGUUGAUCAGUGUACUUAGUGUGAGUUUUUUAACGUUCUCCAUAGCGUAAAAGUUAUUAUAUGGAAUGGGAUCGUUUACCUACGUUUGCCGCUAGGGGCGCUGUUCCAACUGCAUACAAAUUUGAAUUAACUUUAACGCUAUCGUGAACGUUAAAAAACUGUCACUAAGCACACUGUACAGAAACUUACUUUAUGACACACAAAAUGUAGAUUGAUUUCAGAUAAGGCAUCGUUACACAAAAUCUAUGUCAAAAAAAAAGUUUAUUUUCAUAAAUUGGCACGCAUUUUAAGGGACUCUAUUGCUUUUUUUUUUAAUAAGUUUUUAAUGUAGAUAUAAUCAUGUUUUUUUUUUAAAAGAAGGUAUAAAUAUGGUAUUUCAGUGAUUUAAGCUUAUCACUUUAAUUAAUUCAGCUUAAAAGCUUAGCUUAAUUAUGAUUAUGCAAUUUUUUUAGUUAAUAAUCAAGCUGUUGUAUGUAUAUUCGAGUCUGUUACGAGAUUGCUAAUAUUUUUAUUGUUGCUCUAGCGUUUAUGAAUGUUAAAGUAAUUGCUGAAAUGCAAGUGUGAACAAAGGUCGACCGUGUCUGUGUUAUUUGUAAACAUGUUCUUUCUUUUAAGCCUUCGUCAAACAGAACGCGUACUUAGCGCCGCGUACUUAACGUCGCGCUCUUCAAAUUGACUAGAUGAGUCCAACGCUCCUUGACGCAACGCAUUCGCCAAAUCAUAUAGUGCCUUUCGAUAGCAGUGUGAAAAUUUAAAAGUAUUAAGAAACUUUAAGUAACUAUACUGAGACCUUAGAACUUAUAUCUCGAGGUGGGUGGCGCAUUUACCUUGUAGAUGUCUAUGGGCUCCAGUAACCACUUAACAUCAGGUGGGCUGUGAGCUCGUCCAUCCAUCUAAGCAAUAACAAAAAAAUCGAGUGAUUCAGAUGUGGCAUUGUAUAAGCAUGGGUAUUUUCUAACUAUUUAUAUAAUUUUUUCGGGCAUUAUCUAGUAUUGUAAUACACAUUCACUCGGACGCUAAAAUAAAAUUUGUAAAAAAUUACAACGCCUGACGUCAAAGCCUCCUAACGCCGCGACAGAGCGUUACGUACUUAUAGCGCGAGGGCUCUGUUUGACGUUAUUUUACCAUAGUAGUACAACACAUCUCGGCGUCAUAGCGCGCCGUCAGCUUAGCGCCAUGACGCGCGCUAAUUACGCGUUCUGUUUGACGAAGGCUUUAUUCCCGAAAUACGGGUGCAUUUUUUGUGGCUUUGACUAUGUUUAAUGUGACCAUGUAGUAUUUUCACGACUUCUCGUAAUUGACAUUUCUAAUGCAUUGGUAUUAUUACAGUACUGUAAACAAUAUUUAUAAUUUUUUAUUAUUUACCUACUCGAUAGUAUUAAGAUAUAUUUUUACGUACCUACAUCAAGCUUAAAGCCGACUGUAGAUCAAGAGAUAAGCUAAUCGAGAUAAGCUAUAAACAAACUAGAUUUGUUGCGUUCAGCUUAAUACUAAAAUGUUGCAAAGGGGUGUGUGACGGAUCUUGAGGGAAAAUAUUGCUAAUGAUUAAUACGACAUUUUCUUCCGUAUCACCGUGUAUUUAGCACAUUUACAAUAUUAAGUAAAAAUAGAAAGCUACAGCCUUUGACAUAUUUUUGACAAGUCCGACAUUUCUAAGACCGUGUUGCCAGACUAAGAUCAUAAAAGCUACGUUCCGUGACAGGAUGCGUGCCGGGUGAGAUGAGCGAGCAGCUUUUUAAUUGCUUAGAUGGGUUCACCUGUGUGCUUAGUGCGAGUUCUUUAACGUUCUCGAUAACGUAAAAGUUAACUCAAAUUUGUAUUCAGUUGGAACAGCGCCCCUAGCGGCAAACGUAGGCAAACGUUCCAACUCCAACUUUUACGCUGUCGAGAACGUUAGAAAACUCACACUAAGCACACUUGUGUUAAGUGCUUAAACGGAGCCUAUAGACAACAACAUAAAUGCCGGCGUUCACCUUGAGACAUGAGUUCUAAGAUCAUUUUGUAAAGAACAACAUUUGCUUCAACCUUAAAAUCGAAACACACUACUUGUAUUUACCCGUGCAGGCUCAUAAGAUGUCAGUGAAAAUUGUCGUAUUGCUCACGUAGCAACAGACAUACAUUUUUUUUUUAACUUAGUGAUUCACACAGAUUACUCUGCACGAUUCUACAAGUAGGAAAAAUUAAACUAAACUAAGUUAGCUCUUGGUCUAUAAAUUGCUUUAUCAUUUUAUACCUGUAAUGGUAAUUGUUGUUGGUAAUUGAAAAAUGAAAUCCUUUUUAUCGACUAUCUCAAUUAUUUUGCUUUGACCAGUGAGUUUAAUGGGAUUUUAACUUAAAUGCGCUCCGUAAAAAAUAACCUAAUGAUGACAGACAUUGUAACGUCUACACUACUUGUGACUGAAAAGUCUAUGAAGCAGGAUAAUGUAGUCGAUCCUUGAGGAUCACAGAAGCGUUCUCUUUGAAGAAUAUGUUCGAUAACAAAGUUCAGAAACAAGUUAUCUUUAAUGACUUUGUCGAGCGCACGAUUAUUAUUAACAUAAAAAAAAACUGCUUAAAACGUACGGUCAUAAAUAAAAAUGCUUUUAAUUUAAUUAAAUUUGCUCCAUCGUGUUCAUUUUAUGUGACGCAUUUAAGUUUGUGACGUAAGUAUAUUGAAUAAACAAGUAGAAAAAAGGAUUAAAAAAAAAAAACAUUAGUAUUAACAUAUAGAGGUAAGUAUGCAAUAAGGAGUGCACAUGAAGCAAUAAAAUGGGAACAUUCUACCUCUCUUACUAAUUAAUAAUUAGGCCUUAUUAAAAUUAGAAAAUUUAUUGAAUUACCGGCUGUUAGUCUAUUCUAAAAAAUACCUUUUGAUGUAUUUUUGUUCACGGCGUAGAUGCAGUAAUGCUAUUAAAAUGUAAUGUUAUUAUUUUUAUGACUUACACUAAUUAAAAUAUUAAAUAUCGAUAAUUUUAAAAGAAUUAUCCCAAUAUGACAUUAAAAAGAAAAAAAUAUUAAAAAAAAAUAUUUAGAAAACUUACUUACUUAUAUAUAUUUGACGUUGUUACAAUAUUACGUCAUUGGCUAACUGUUGUGUAGCGAUAAUGUCGAAUUCGUGCAUAUCAGAAUGAUCAAAAAAAUAUAUUAUGUAUAUGUUUAUAUGAUGAUACUUACAAUAUUAUAAUGUUAUGUAAAUUUUGUAUUUGGUUUUAUAAUAUGUGUGUAAUAAAUUAUCGGAAAACUAUGUAAUAAAACUUAAGCAGUAUUGAAUUACCCACACAAAAAUUAAGAAACAUACGUAAAUGAUAAUGAUUUCUAAAUAUAAUAUAAUAUCUUACAUCUAUGUAAUAUAAUUUAAUAUAAUGUAUCUAGAGUUGUUUUUUUUUUAGUUCACAUGCCUAGACAAAUUAACCUGACUAAUGUCAAAGGGUAUUUAUUAUAUUAGACCAUAGAAAACUUUUAGGGGUGUGUUUUUGCCGAUAACUUUAUGUUUAUCGAUAGUAUUAUAUCGAGUGCAUUAACUAGUUAACAAAUUUGAGAUAUUAUCAUUGUAUAUGAUUGGGCUGUAUGAAACUACAUCUAGCAUUCCAUUUUUAAAUCACAUACAUUUCUUUUUUUUUUUUCUAACAAUCAAUUGUGUACAUUAAAUGUUUAAGUUUAAUUUUUAAAGCGGCUUUUGCAUUUGCGAUUCUGAUCGCGCGUUGCAUUUACGUCCAGUAUCAUAAAUAUUAAGUAUGUAUAUAUUGUAUAAUCUAUGGUCCAGUACACAUUCAACAGUACCCGCGAGUGGACGUGUUCAGAAAUAUAUAGAAAAAGCGUAACUAAAUUAAUUCGGCACUGAAAUGCUCAUUGACAAAAUGAGAAAGAGAGUGAUUGACUUGGUGGAAUGGAUAUAAAACAUUUAUUAUAAUUUUAAAAUGUGAGAAGGAUUUAUUGAAUUUGUCGCACCACAUGCCUGCUAGAAAACUCACGUGCAAAUACGCCAUACGUGAAAUGGUAAGCGCUCGACACACAGACGCGCGAAAUCGUGCCUAAAUCAGCGUAAUAAGCGACUGAAUAACGUCUUAAGCAAAUCAGUGUUCGAUAUAUUGAAAUUACGCCAUUUCACAUUCUCGUAGAAAUGCAAAGAUUUUUUUUAGUAUUAUACGUUUUCAAUGCUUAAUAUUGGACUUUAUUGUUAUUGACGUAAUGACAUUAGAAUACUUGUAAAUGUACUUAAAACAUAAAGUCCCUUUUAGGUUUCGUUCUCUCGAUAUGGUGUAGCAAUGAGUUCGAAUACUUAGAUGUGAAUUUCAUCAAAACAAUUGUAUGUUAAUUAAGUAAUAUACAUUGGAUUUUUUUUGAAAAUUACACCCUUAUUUAUAAUACUGGAAUGUACCUAUGUAUAUGAAUCGUAUCGGAUUGUUGAAGGAUAGUGUGAAGUAAAUCAACAUUGACUAUAUCGUUAUAUUUAUUGAUUGCGAUCUAAGGAAUUCUUGUUGUUAUAUUUUAUGCUUGUUAGUAAAAUAAAUACUCUCAAUUCGA